AUGUCAACUUUGGGCGAUAUUACAAUUAUUGAGAAUCAAAUAUCUAAUGCUAAAUUAUCUGCUGUCAAAGCAUUGCAUUUUAUUUGUUUCGGUGAUGAAGGCGAACCGCAUAAGGUCCGUAGAGCGCUACGUAAAUUUUCGGGUUUUGUGUGGGACAGAAACUCAGACCAACUCUUGACGAAAGUACAAGACGUUCAUAAACAACUAAGACUCCUAGACCUGAUAACCGUUUCCAAUAUGCUUGGCUUGGAUUAUAGUGGAACUGAUGACGUAAUUAUCGAUCGUAUAUGCUCAUUCUCAAUAAAAUUCGAUUAUGGCUUUGAACAAAAUGAUGAAUCGGAGAGAGAUGACGAAAAUGACGACGAGACGGAAAACACUGACGACGAGAAUGAAAACAGUGACGUAGAAAAAUAUUCCUCAAGACAUGACAAAUUCAAUAGACGGAAAAGUAUGAAAAAGGAAACUUUUUCAUUGACCUUUCGAGACGUAGAGGAUAGUAUUAAGUCAUUUGACGGAAGAGACGAUUAUCCGAUAGAAAGGUGGAUCGAGGAUUUCGAAGAAAUUGCAGAAGUGACGGGAUGGAAUAACUUGCAAAAGUUGAUAUUUGCAAAGAAAUCUUUGAAAGGUCUCGCUAAACUAUUUAUUUAG